CAUAACUUACCGCAAAGUGCGUCAUUUUUCUUUUUGCUAGCGCCGCGGUCCAUGCGAAUUUGGAGUACCGCGAAGUGAUUUUUAAUUGUGUCUGCAUUCGGAAAGAGGAUAUCUGUGAUUUGUUUGUUUUUUUUAUUUCUUUGGAUGGUUCUAAAAUGGUAUAAAAUUUGGCGACUUCACUUUUCUGAGAAACGAUUGGAUUUGAUAGAUCAAAGAUGACAACCGACAACUGGUUUCAAACCUGGCACCCUCCUGCCAAUAUCAUCCCUCAGGAAAAUUCGUUGUACGUUGCACCCAACGUAAUCAACUUUAAUCUUACCCACGAUGGACAUCAUAGAAACCGAUUAAGUCGCCCUGAUAAUAUUCUGCCAUACUUGCUAUCACUGACUAUGGUAAAAUCAGACAGAGGGCAGCGGUAUAGAGGACCGAAGUAUGGAGACAGAUUGCCACCGAUGGAGAGAACCGGACCAUUCUACACUUGGUACCAGUGGAGUGUGAUAGACUUCGUUUACCCAUCUGACAUGGAACGUGAAGAGGCAAUCCUCUUUGAAGACUUUAUACCAAAGAAUAAUCUCCCCUUAGGUCUUGAAGUGUAUAAAGAUCGGAUGUUUGUGACUAUGCCAAAAUGGAAGCCUGGUGUACCAGCAACAUUAGCAGUGCUACCAAGAAUACCAAAGGAGCGGUCACCUCCACUAGUACCUUAUCCAAACUGGAGCUGGCAUAAAGCAGGAACCUGUGAAGGCAUAACAUCCGUCUUCCGGAUCCAAGCAGACUCGUGUGGAAGACUCUGGGUCCUCGAUUCAGGUCUCAUACACGUUACGGUGGAUCCCAAACAAAUAUGUCAUCCCCAACUACUCAUCUUCGACUUAGAGACCGACGACUUGCUUACUAAAUACGUCCUGCCAGCCGAGUUCAUAAAGGAAGAUGGACUUUACUCCAACAUCCUAGUAGAUAUCAGGGAUAACGACUGUGUUAAUGUGCACGCGUACCUCGCGGACGUCUGGAGGUUUGGGUUGGUGGUUUUUAGCUUGGAGAAGAUGAGAGCGUGGCGCAUUACGGAUCAUUUGUUCUUUCCGGAUCCGCUAGCUGCUAGAUACAAGUUACAUCACUUAGAAUUCGACUGGACAGACGGACUAUUUGGCCUAUCUCUGAGCCCAUACAACAAAUAUUAUCCGGACAGAACCCUAUACUUCCACUCAAUGUCAGGAUUUAGGGAGUUUUACGUAAAAACUUCAGUCAUCUGUAACGAAACUGGAUGGGCUGAUGUGAAAGACGCUUUCAAAGUCAUGGGACAAAGUCGAGGAAGCUCUGGUCAUGUUUCAUCGUCUUGGAUGGACAGAAAUGGUAUAAUGUUUUACAACUUGGUCACAAGGGACUCAGUAGGAUGCUGGGACUCGAGAAAACCAUACAAAAGGUCAAACCUGGGAGUCGUAGCGAAGAGCCGUGAAACUUUAGUUUUCCCAAAUGACAUAAAAAUAGACCAAGAACCAAGGCAAAGCGUAUGGGUUCUAUCCAAUCUAUUACCAUAUUAUUUAUACGAAGGAUUAAAGGACGAUCACAUUAAUUUUAGAAUAAUGUCGGCGUACACAGAUGAAGCUAUCAGAGGUACAAUUUGUGAUCCUAAUGUGAGCACUUAUGACACUUAUAUUGAAUAUGAAAGCGAAGAGGAUUGUUAUUAGGAAUUAUAAUAAUUUUUAUAUUUUUUAUUGGAAAAUGAUUAUCUGCAACUGAAGUGUAGAAAAAGAAAGUCUGACUGUAACUGAUACCUGAAGUAAGCUAUGAUACACUUAACUUAGAUUAGUUGAUAACUUGAAAAUUUUUGUUCUUAAGAUACCUAACAAGAAUAGUAUUUAGGCCAGUUAUCCAUUUCCGGUAGGAGGGAACUUUCCUUAGGCUUUUUCCUGGUAUAAUAAUAUUAGUAAGAGUAUAGUACUAACAAUUUCAGACUUAUACAGAUUUAGAUUUUCAUUGCAAGUGCCUACAUUUGGUCAGAUAAUGUAAUACUCAGUUUUCCCACCACAAUCAGUUUCUCAUCAAACUAGUCUAAGGAUAUCUAUUUAACAUUAGUUACCUACCUAUAAGACGGCAAAUGCAAAGUCAUAAAAGUUAAUAUCACUCAGAAACAAGCAAAGGAUUAAAAAGAAAAAUGUAAUGAAGCUUUAUAUUUAAGAUUGUAUUUCCUGUAGUUGUAGAUGUCAAAUAGAUUUAUAUUUUAUCUAUGCUCAAUUAACUGGAUAAUGUGUUUAUGAAUAUUAUAGAAUAUUUUGUACAUGACAGUCAUUUUUAUAUUUAUAUAAAAUAUUUUGA